AUGGAAUCUCUACUAAAAUUAGACGAAUACAGCAAAGGAUUCGUCCAAAUUAACUAUUUUAUUGAGCAAUUUACGUUAGCAUCAUAAGGUGAAAGUUACUUUACAAAAUUUAUUAAUAAAAGCUAGAAUAGAAUGAAAUUUCUUGAUUUUUUGACAUAUUUUAGAUCAUAAAAAUAAAAAAUAUAAAGACAGUUAUUUUUUAUAGAUACCUUAAAGAUUUAAGAAAAAAAGUUAGACGCAAUUAAAAUAAAAAAGAAAUAAUUAAUCUAGAGAAUGAUAGAGAAAUUUAAUCAUUAUCGAUAAGCUGAAUAUUAUAUAAAUGACUUGAUGUAUAGAAAUAAAGAGAUUUUUAAGAAAAUGAGAAAUUAUAAUUAAGAAAACUUAAACAAUUUGCAUAAUCUAUAAUAAGAACUUUCUCAAUAGCUAAUUAGAUAUAAUUAUUGCGAAAUGUUUGUUGAUACAACAUACUACUUAGCUUAUUGA